UUCUAUCUACUAUCAAUCCAAAGACAUUCUUGCUACAUCCAAAAUCUAAAUCCAGUCUAGCUAUUAAAUAGGGCAUAUUCUCAUUCCCGCGCGAUACUACCACUCUCUAGCACACAAGAAACAGCGUUCAAUCGAAAAUGGCCAAACCAAAGACGAAGAAGAAAUCAAGAGAAGACGAAGACGCAGAUUCAACAAACCCAGUAACCAUUGAACGCAAGAGACUCAAAUCCUUAGCUUUUUCAAACAACAUACUCUCUGAAUCCCAAGCUAGAUCUUCAAUUCACCUAAACCCUUCUUCCAUUCUCGCCAAACAUCACGGCAAAGACAUCAUCAAGAAAUCUCAGAGGAAGAGUAGUAGAUACCUUUUCUCGUUUCCCGGUCUCUUUGCUCCUAUUGCUGGUGGCAAAAUUGGUGAUCUCAAAGAUUUGGGAACCAAAAACCCCAUUCUCUACCUUGAUUUCCCUCAGGGCCGAAUGAAGUUAUUUGGGACUAUCUUAUAUCCAAAGAACAAAUACUUGACUCUACAGUUCUCUAGAGGUGGAAAGAGCGUGAUGUGUGAGGAUUAUUUCGAUAACAUGAUUGUAUUUUCGGAUGCAUGGUGGAUUGGGACAAAAGAUGAGAACCCAGAAGAAACUAAACUGGAAAUUCCUAAGGAAUUGUAUGAGGGACAACAAACUGAACCUGACUUUAAAGGGGGUGCGGGAGCAGGUGCAGCUUCUGUAGUUAAUCAAAGUGUUCUUAAAACUAAGAUAAAACGUGCGGAGCAAGAGUCACCAGAGACACCUCUUGAAGAAGAUUCAUCAGACAGUGAACUUGACUUAACAGACACAAAGGAAUUGGUUCCAGUUCGCCAAUCAGCGAGAACUGUAAAAAAAUCAUACAAAUUUACUGAAAUUUCUUCCGGUGAUGAUGAUUCUGCUAAAAGCAGCCCUGACAUUUCUGAACACGAAGAAGCAGUGGUAGAAGUUGAUACCAAUGUAAAUGAUCAUAAUAGCUCAAACAUCCUUAUACACAUUUCGAAAGAAACUGUAGUUAUUGACAUUGACAAUGAGGAUAAUGCUCCGAAAGAAGAACUCCCCAUCGUGGAAAGUAAAGAACCUGCUUCAGCGUCAAAAUCUAAAAAAGGUUCACUUGUUCAGACUACUAUAUCCUCAUUAUUCAAGAAAGUGGACGUAAAGAAGACUCCAACCAGUUCAAAGAAAUCUCCAUCAUCAAAAGCUUCUGGCCAGAAGUUGCAAUCCGCUGGUUCGAAAAGGAAGAUUGACCUGGAUGAAGGAUCUAAGAAAAAGGCAAGAAAGAUCAAGGACAAAAAUCCUGGUGAAAAAGUCAAGGCAAAAAGCAAGGAAAGUGAGGUUGAAGAUGACAAUGAAGAUGUUGAUGACAUUGAAGAAUUUUCAAAUGCUUCAGAGGAUUCUGAUGAAAGCGACGAAGAAUGGAUUGCAUGAGAAUGUGAUACGAGUUGUGGCUACUAAGCAUGGAUAUGAAAAGGGGCGCUGUCGCACUUAAAACUAAUGAACUAGUUUCCUCGUUUUAUGACAUAGGCAGAAACAAAAUGCUCUGAAAUUGAUGUCGGAUAACUAAAAAGUGUUACGAUGAGAUUGAUACAUGUUUUUAGCUUCAUAGUGUUUCAACAUCUAUGUUGUGUAUGGAAAAUGCGCAGUUUAUAUCAAAAUGUUGAUGAUUAUAUAUUAUAUCUUGUUUAAUUUC